GACGUGGAUGUGUCCGUGCCAAAGAUUGAGGGCGACCUCAAGGGUCCUGAAGUAGACAUCAAAGGCCCAAAAGUGGACGUGGACCUUCCUGAUGUGGAGCUGCAUGGUCCCGAAGGAAAAGUGAAGGGGCCCAAGUUCAAGAUGCCUGAGAUGCACUUCAAGGGCCCCAAGUUCUCCAUGCCCGAUGUGGACCUGCACCUGAAGGGCCACAAAGUGAAGGGAGAAAUGGACAUCUCCGUCCCAAAAAUAGAGGGUGACCUGAAAGGGCCUGACGUGGAACUGAAAGGUCCCAAAGUGGACAUCGAUGUUCCUGAUGUGGAGCUGGAAUGUCCCGAGGGCAAAGUGAAGGGCCCCAAGUUCAAGAUGCCCGAGAUGCACUUCAAGGCCCCAAAAAUCUCCAUGCCUGACUUCGAUCUGAGCCUGAAGGGCCCCAAGGUGAAGGGGGACGUGGAUGUGUCCAUGCCCAAACUGGAAGGGGAUAUAAAAGGCCCCGACCUUGACAUCAAAGGCCCCAAAGUGGAUGUUGAGGUUCCCGAUGUUGAGCUGGAAGUUCCAGAAGGGAAACUCAAAGGUCCCAAAUUCAAGAUGCCAGAGAUGCACAUCAAGGCACCAAAGAUCUCCAUGCCUGACAUCGACCUGAACCUGAAGGGCCCCAAAGUGAAGGGCGACGUGGAUGUGUCCGUGCCAAAGUUGGGAGGGGACCUGAAGGGUCCUGAGGUGGACAUCAAAGGACCCAAAGUGGACGUGGACCUUCCUGACGUUGAUUUGCAGUGUCCUGAAGGGAAAGUGAAGGGCCCCAAAUUCAAGAUGCCUGAAAUGCACUUCAAAGCCCCCAAGAUCUCCAUGCCUGACUUUGAUCUGAGCCUGAAGGGCCCCAAAGUGAAGGGAGACAUGGAUGUGUCCGUGCCAAAGGUUGAGGGCGAUCUGAAGGGACCUGAAAUGGAUAUCAAAGGUCCCAAAGUGGACGUGGACCUUCCUGAUGUGGACAUUGAGGGACCUGAAGGGAAAGGCCCCAAAGUGAAGGGAGACGUGGAUGUGUCCGUGCCAAAGAUUGAGGGCGACCUGAAGGGCCCCGAGGUUGAUAUCAAAGGUCCCAAAGUGGACGUGGACCUUCCUGAG